UCCUUAUAUUCUCCUCCCCUUUCCCUGUCACCUGAUUUAACUCUAAACAUACCAGACAGUUCUGCAUAUAUUGUCAAAGCAAGAAUAUUCAAUAUUAGCAGCGUUGACAGGUGCCUUGGAGGGUUUUUAAGCAUUCCCAGUACUUGGCCCCUGGUCAGUCCGAUGCUUCAGGUGGUGAAGUUGGCCCUUCUGCUGUCCUUGGACUGGAACUUCCAGGAGAGCCAGCACUGAGGGGCGCUGGGGUCCCGCUCCGGGGGCCAAAGCUUAAACCAGAAUUCUUGUUAACUAUUGGUCGUUGAGUGUGUGGGUGAAACACCCACCUCCUGAGACUAAUAGAUUUGAGAAGAAGAAGCCAUCAAUGUGGCUUAUUUGUGGCUAAGACCCGAUUUUUCCUGCGAGGGCUUCUGUGGGAGCUGCCCUAGGAUGCUCGCUGCAGGAAGACAAGAUGGCGGGAAGGAAAUCACUCGGCCUCAAGGAGUCCUGUUCUUCCCCUCGUGGGCCCAACUCCCAGUCUGAGCAGGUUAGGUUCUCUCUCUGAUGCAACAUUUCUUCUUUUUUGAUUAGCUGUAAUCAGAAGUGGAAUUUUGAGUGUUAAUGAUUAGACCUAAUUAAGCAGCUUGUUUUCAAGUUAGACCCUUCUUGGCCGGGAACGGAGACCUGGAGGGAAGGGAGGAGGAGGUGCUGCCAGGUCUUCUGUGGGGUCUCUGUCCCCAAGGAUCAGAAAAGGCCCCUGGCCCCAAAGCCUCCUUGUCCACGGCCGGCCCAGGGACUGUGGGAAACCCCUCUGGCAGACAGUCGAGAGGCAGCUCUUUCCCCCAGGCCGGAGGAGGCUUUCUUGGAGGGACCGGAGGCAAGAAACAGGAUUCUCCUUUUGGGCUUUUACAGGUGGUCCUCGAUGUACGACCACAAUGGAGCCCAAAAUUUUUGUUGCUAAGUAAGACAGUUGCCGCAACAGUCGUUAAGUGUGAAAAAUGUCAUUUGUUUCAGUGCCUUUUGAACCGUCACUAAAUGAACGGUUGCAAGUCACAAAUACCUGAAUUGCCUUUUAUUCCUGUUGCAAGCUGCCCAGAAUUUGGUUGCUUACGAAUAAUUUAAAUAAAUAAGUAAGCCCUUUCUUUUGGUCACAUGACUGAGAACUAAACCUCCCAUGUUUUGCCACUCCAUCUUUUUGUCCCGGCCCGUGUUCCACGGUGUACUCUCUGCUUGCGCAGGACUGUGCUGCCACCACUUGAGACGAGGCACCUGGCCUUUCCACCGACGGUUCACCGAAGCUCUUUCCCACUCAGCAAUGGGUGGUCUCGCUGGCAGCCCACUUGUGCCCAGGGGUUAGCAGUGCGGUGGGACUCUCCUUUGUGCAUCUUCCGUCCGCAGGCAACCCUGGUCUGUGUCUUCUUCCUUACGUAUAAUAAUGGCUGGGACAAGGACUCCAGCCAUGGUGCACGCUCACAGGGCCUUGUUCCAGGGUAGAUGUGAACCUCUGCGGUUGUCACUCUGCCCUCCCAGGGACGCCUCUGGAGCGCAAGUCCUGCCAGGAGAAAAGGCACAAGAGCGGCUGCUGUGUCUACGCCAGGACUCUGGGAGGGACGCCGUUGCAGGUAAAUAGCUGGUGAGCCUGGAGCCUGGACCUCACGGACACAUGGCAGCUCCCCAGACACUUCCCCCAAGCUGCGUCGUCAGGCAAGCAAGCAAGGCUUCUUUGUGCUUCUUACCAAAAUAACUGAAGAUGGUUGCCAUCCUGCUCUGAAUCGGAUCUAGCUCUCCCUGACCUCAGUUUCUCCACUGGGUUUCAGUGUGGCUGAGAGUGGUGUGACAAGGCUUUCUCUAGAUCUGUGACACUGUGUGUGUGUGUGUGUGACAGAGAGGAAGAGGGAGGAUGUGGAUGUGGGGAAAAACAGCACCCGGCCUGUGUUCCUCCAGGCCUGCCAGGUAGUGCUGGCCCUCUGGCUCAGAUACGCAAUGAGGCAAUGACCCGUUGGAGAAUCACCACAAUAAUUGCCACUCAGAAACGUUGAGCCUGCUAGCUGCACCCAGCCAGCUGUCGGCCUGGGCAUUGGCAGGCAAGAUACAAUGAACGAACGGCUAAAAUAAGUCAGCCACGGUGGGAAAUGUUGGCAGCAGACGUGGAACAAAGAGAGUCCUUUGCCAUUUUGGUAAAUCAUGCUAAGCUGGAAGUGAGUCCAAGAUGCUUUGCUUGGGGAGAGGGUGUUUGGUGGGAGACCCCGGGGGGGGGGGGUGGCGCAGGUCCUGGCUACGGGGUCUGUGCCCGUCUGCCCAGGCAGGUCUGGAAGGGAGUGAACUUCCACGUGUCAAGGUGCCCCUGCUGCCGGUUCCUCUUUGAGUCGUGCCAACAGCCAGCCCUGUCUGGAGGAUCUUCUCUCACUUUACAUAACCGAACCGCCCGGCACUUCACUCAGCACUCCUGAAGCCCCACCAGCGGCUGCCUGCCUCUUGGGCUCCCGGGGCCUUUGGCACCAUGUUGAGAGCAGUGGGCUGCCAUCUUCUCCGAGGCCCGCUGGAGUCCCAGUGUCCUUUGUAUGCGGCUUCAUUCUCUCUUCGCCUUUGUCACUUUAUGGAUCCUGUUGCCCGCUGAAGACUUUGGUUGGGUGCCACAGCUUGGGGCGCCUAACCAAGUUCACCAAAUGGAAGUAUUUCUCUCAGCAGGACCCUGGUCUUCUCCCAGAGCUGUGCCAGGUCGCUGGAGGAGCGUAAACCUAUUUCAGGAAGGACUGUACAAAACAAGCGUGUCUGUGCCUGUGUUGCUUUGCCUGCCUUGUGUGUGUCCCGGGGAGGUGUGUGUGUGUGGGGGGGGGGUUCCUUCAGCCUUCCUGAUCCUGCUUCGUUCCUCCCUGACUUCUCCUCUCUUCCCAGCCAACUGACUCAAACAAAGAAGAAAGGGUCUCCUCCCUCCGUCCCUCCCUCCCAGCUUCAUUUGCCUCUUUCCUUGUGGAAACGUCACGGCUAGAUGGUGCUGUGGAGCCCAGAAGAACCCUUUCCUUCCAUGCCCAGGCGAGAGAAAGGAGGAGGAGGAGGAGGAGGGAGAGACGGAGCAGGGGAGGGGGUUUCUGGGGGUCCCUCUGCCUGCAAAUAUGUGUGGGCAUCACAGAGGCAAAUUCUGCCUCCAGGUCAUGGGAGCUCCUUUGUGCUUCCCUUAAGGAGGAGAGAUUCCCCCUUCCCAAUAACUGCACAGAUCUUCAAUUCUCUGCCCGGCAAAGACCCUGCCCCCCCUCCCACAUACCCUCUCUCCCCCUUCCCUUUCCUCCUCUGGACAGCUGCAUUGAGGAAUGAUGAAAAAAACCAAUUCGGCUAAACGGGGGUUCCAGGAGGGGAACCAGCAACUGCUGCAGCCUGAGAAGGUGGGCUGGGUCCGAAAAUUCUGUGGGAAAGGCAUUUUUCGGGAGAUUUGGAAAAAUCGGUUUGUGGUGCUGAAGGGUGACCAACUUUACAUCUCGGAGAAGGAGCUCAGAGAUGAGAAAAACAUCCAGGAGGUGUUUGACUUGAACGAUUACGAGAACUGUGAGGAGCUCAGGAAGUCCAAAAGCAGAAGCAAAAAAAACUAUAGCAAGUUCUCCCUCGCCCACUCCAAGGAGCCUGGCAACACAGCACCCAAUCUCGUCUUCCUGGCUGUGAGCCCCGAAGAAAAGGAGUCUUGGAUCAAUGUGCUCAACUCUGCCAUAAUCCGGGCCAAAAACCGCAUCUUGGACGAGGUGACAGUGGAGGAGGAGAGCUUCCUCGCCCACCCCACUCGCAACAGAGCAAAGAUCCAGCACUCCAGGCGGCCUCCGACCAGAGGCCACUUAAUGGCUGUGACAUCUACCUCAACCUCUGAUGGGAUGCUGACCCUGGACUUGAUCCAGGAGGAGGAUGCCUCCCCAGAAGACCUCGACACCUGUGAGAAGAGUUUCCGGGUGGACCUGGACAAAUCAGCCGUUCAUUUCACCCCUGGCCGGAGGCGCUCAGAUUCAGAGACCAUCAAGGAGAAGAGCAAGACAAACAGUCUCCCACGGAGGAAGGACACGACUGGGGAGAAGUUCUCCACUCACAGGGAGGCCUUUGGCAAAGGGGCCAUGUACACCCCUCAGGUCCCCAAGAAGCUCUCUCCCUUGGAGAAGAACAAAUGUGCCUCUAUGGAAGAAAUCCUCUCCUGCUGGGACUCUUCCUCAGCUGGCCAGGCGUGGCUGAGGAGCGGACUCAAGGACCGAGGGGCUUCCCCUGAGCCCGAGCAGCUGGCCAGGAUACAGGAGCUGGUAGCCUUGCAGCUGGAGAAGACGCAGGGCCUGCUGGCGGAAGCGAAGGGCUACGGGGGAGAGGCGCAAAAGGCACCGGAGCUCGCCUGCGCCUCUCCUGUGGCCCCCGCCUCCCCCUCCCCCAGGCUGGACUCGGAGGCCGCCUUGCAGGAGAUCCAGAGGCUGCUGGGCGAGGCCUCCUCCUACUGGAGCCAAGCCCAGAAAGUGCUGCAGGAGGUGACAGAACUGAGGCGCCUCUACCAACAACUUCGGCUCUCGCCCCCUACGCCUCUGGGGGGGCUGCGGCAGCCGCCUCAGUGCAGGAGGAGCCUGAUGUGAAGGCAAGCGGUGGGGCGACCUCUCGGGAAAACGGGGCGCAGGGCAGCCAGCAGGAGGGUGCAGACAUUGGGGAGCGGAUGUGCCGCUUGCAUUUGUAGCACUGGAUGCUUCCCGGGUUCCGGCUGUUACUCAAUCCUUACUCUUCACCAACUCAGUUUUUUCCUCACUUCCCCCACAUUUAUAAUGUCACCCAUUCCUCUCUUCCAACUUCAAGGCAGCCUAUUUCAAUACGUCCUUCGUGUCCGAAGUGCAGCAACUUAGAGACAGCAUCUUGGAGCGUAAUUUUUCAGAAGCAGCAUGGUUCUGUUUUGGGCCCGUGGUUUUCUCACUGAACCUCUUUCCAAGAAUGGCUUCCAAACAGUGAAGUCCUCCCGUACAAAUGCCCUGCGGGUGCACCACACUCUCAAAUGCCAGGAGACGUGGGUUGCAUCUCCGGCUCCAGGGGGACAUGGCCUCCUCAGCAGGGUCCCUCCUGGGUCUCCCUGGAUCUUGUCUGGCUGCUCUGCCCUGCUCUUGACCGGAACUGGGGAAGCAGCUUUGGUCCUUGAUCCCAGGCAGUUAUCUGGUCCACAGGCUUAAAGCUUAGGUACCUCACAACAUCAUUUCCCUUAAGUCCUUGGCAGAUAUUUCUUAUUCCAUCUGACUUUGCCCCCUGAGCCCCAUUGCUUUCCUCAGCCCUGCUUCUGGCCUUCAGAUGCAGCGCACGAGCAGCAACAGGCACCGUGUGCUUAGAAAGUGUGACAGGCGUCAUGCAGUUUUGCUUGUCGGCAGAAUGUGUGAAUCCAGGUCAUCUUCAGGCCUGCCUCUUAUCUUUUUGGUGCAGCAGGAGAUAGCCUGAAGCGUUCCAUGGCCACCCGUGCCACCCAUCGCUCCUUUGGGAGAAGUCUUGGCCCCACACACUCUGCAUCUUGUCCCCUUGAGCUGAAUCUCAUUUCAGUUUUGGUGACAGGAGCAGGUCUUCUGUGGCAUCAGAAGAGUUGGCCCCAAUGCUCUGUAUACUCCAUCAGCCAACGGCCUUGCCACAUCAACCAGUAAACCCAGCCCUCUUUCGUUCCCUUUUUCCAUCACUGAUACUGAAGCACAGUGGACAUUGUGUUGGACAGGUGGAACUCAAGAGGAUGUCGAAUGUGGCCAUUACUCUCUGUUUACUUGCAAAACUGUUUGCCUGUGGAGAAUUUACUGGUGGUUAAAAGGGCUCUCGGGUUGAAGUCAGAGCCAUUGGUUCACUUGUGCCUCCUGCUCUUCCUGUGUUCAGAGAAACGGCAGAGAGGAGGGUUAGGGUCCGCAGGAUUUGUCCAGCCAGCAAGAUCCUACAAUAGAAAGUGCUUCCCUGUGACAGAGUCAUCUCGCUCCCCAUUCUGUGGUCAUUGCUCGCUGCUUAAGAAGGCAGAGUGUCCCCUUGGGAUCGCCUCUCCGUGGCUUCGGUCCGCCUCGUGCUGGUUCAGCCGAGAGUCAGGAAGGGAAGACUCAGCACAGGUGGCCUCUCAUCAGGUGCCUUCGUGUCCUGGUGGAUGCUCCCCACUCUGCACUCUGCUAAGCAGAAUUACUGGGGUCCCCCACUGGUGGAACUGGCGAAGAAGAGUCCCACCCUUGGUGUUUCCACGGGUGGCACUUUCUGCUCUGGCUUAAGAGGGAGAGAUGCCCAAGCAAGUCUUCCAGAAUCAUCCCUCCAGAAGGGGGAUUGGAAAGGGAUGCUUUUUUUUGGUGACCUCUGCCUCACAAUAGGAUUUUCCAAUUGGCCGCAGGUGCCCUCCUUCCCCUUUUUAAAAGAGUUUGAGAAAUUUAUUUGCCCUUCUCUUCUUUUUCCAAACUUACAACAGCCUUUGGGGGAGGGGGAAUUACCUUUGGGUUUCGUUUUACAUCCCUCUGAGUUUUCUUAGUGAGUGACCACAUUCAGAAGUCAGAUUCACAUCCUAAUUCUGUAACAGGUAAAAGGCAGGUGCACAAAAGUCAGGAUUAGCAUGUAGCUCAAUAAAAUUAAAAAGGGAAAAGAAACUUGUAAGCUGGUUAGUUUUAGGGCAAUAGAGAAUAUGGAAAUAAAUAAUUAGCUCCACUAAAGAGAAGUUUCUCUUUGCCCUCUCUUCUCCCUGGAAAGGGUUGAAACCAUAAGUAACAAUGAAACAAACGAAGGUAAUCCUUACCUAUCUACAAAUACAUAGUUCAGUCUAUAGGCUUAUAAGCAAAAUAUUACCUAUUCAUCGGGGAACAGAGCAUUGAAAUACAUAAAAAAUGGCAUUAAAAAAGGAGAGCUAAUUAGGUUGGAAGGAGUUUAAGACAUCUCUGUAAGGCGGUAUUUCACAUUGGUGCAAGCAGCUGUUCUUUGCUGCAGAUUGUGGGAUAAUGUUUUGGGGAUGAUGGAGAUGAAAUUGGCAUUAUUGCAAUAUUUAUUUUAAAAUGUGUUUUCACUGUUCCAUAGUAAAUAACACCAAGGGCUGCCCAUAGGUUUUGUCCUUUUUUUUUUUUUUUUUUUUGAAGGGCUGCAAAUGGACACCACAGUUGUUGAUGUGUAUUUUUGUUGUAUGGCCCUCGGCGUAUUUCGUUCCCUUCAGAUUUGUAGGGAGAGCAGGCGUGGUCCCCUUGCAGCUUCCCCUUGAACGCCGCCGUCCCCGGGCUCUGGACAACAACGGUCACUGCUCCGAGCCAGGAAGUUGGAUCUAGAGGGCGCUGGUGCUCUGGAAAGAGAGAGAGAAAGUGUUGGGGAUGGUACACUUCCCUUUAACCUCCAUAAUUUUGAUUUGUCAUUUUAGCCAGGACAGGAUUUAUUCUAGAAACACCUUUUAGUUCUUUUCUUCAGGUCUGAGCUGACUUGGAAAUAAUUCCCUUUUCAAAAGGUUUGACUUCCUCUCUCCUCCUCAGGGAUUUUUCCUCCCACACGUAGAUUAGGUAACCCGCAGUUCGGAGUAACACUCUGUUUUCUUUGCUGCACAGCCUCACCCGUUUUCAGAGAAUUCAGGGCUGGGCUUGAACAGGGAGAAAUGCACAGGUUUUGUGCAUCUGAUCUCAAAGCACCAGGGUCAAUCUUUUUUAUUUCUGGGGAAGACCUACCUGAACUGCAGAUAUCUGGAAACCGCUAGAUGGCAGCAGAGAGAGAUGGGAAAUUAGCAUCUUGCUGCCAUCCUGUGCUGCUCUGGAUUAUGGCAGCCCUAAUUUGAUAACCUUGAUUAUGUUGCUGCUUGUAAGUAAUUUACUUAUGUUUCCUUUUUCUUUGGGAUUUGUUAUGUGACCAUAAGUGGGAAAACAAGUUCUAGAUUCCAGCUACAUUUCAUUCCUCCUCCAACUUUCCGGGGUCCAAGCUAAUUAUUAUUGCAUUUUGGGAGUCCCUAUGCAGAGUGUCCUGUGGCAAUUAUUGGCUGGGCAUUGGCGUGUGCUUCCGUGUCGAGAAUCAGUCCAGCAGCAAUCCCAUACGCACGGCCACAGCUUAGGAGCAGCGGACUGCUGCCACUGAAGCCUUGAAUGGGAGUGAGAGGAAGUGAGGAAAUUGGGAGGAGCAGCUUGUGUUCCCUACGGGGAAAAGGGGUGACAAAGCAGAGUGAGACCUUUGAGAGCCAUUCCUUUCCCAGACAAGAUCUACGCAGCUGUGGCUGUGGGUGGAUUGUAACAACUGUAUGUGUCUCCUGCAAAAGUCAGCAAUGCAUGUGCCGUGACCCCAAUGCAUAUGCAAUCCCCAGGCAAAAGCCCACCAGUGCAACCUGCAUAAAACUGUGUGCACUAUUGGAUUGGGGCAAAUAGUUAAAUGUUGCUUCCAGCCCCAGAACUGUGAAAUUCUAUGAUAUCUAUCAGUGUCUUAAGCAUUUACUAAUGUACUUAUACUGAGGCAGAGAGCACAAUACAAGGGAAAACACGUUAGUAUCACCUACUUCUUUUCCCCUUCCCUUUUUCAUUUGUUUCAAAAAAAAUUGUGGAUGCUAAGAAGCUAAUUUAUUUUUUAAAAAAAAAUCUAUGCAAACUGCUUAAUAAAAUAGUUUUCCUUCCUUCGCUCUCUCCUCCUGGGCACCAUAGCUUGCAUGUACAAGCCUAUUAAAACCUGUAAAAGGCUUUUUUUUCCUGAGAACUGACAUGGAAUCUCGACUAGAGGCUUUUGGUCUCCUUUCUGCAUCUGUGGUGAGCUUCCUUUCUUAUAGGGCUACAGAAGCUGUUGGGACACCAGUGAACACUGUUGGCAGAGAACUUUCUUCUGCUCUGGAAAAUUUGGAUGAUAAUCCGUGUGUAACUAAGGGCCAGUUUCAGGGUUUCUCGAGCAGAGCAGGAGCUGAAGGAUGCCUCCCCCAAGGAGCCCAUAGCCGGAGGUCCAUCCCUUGGCUUGGCCUCUGCCAGGCUGGUCCCUUGCUCUGGCUCCAAGCAUGGCACUUCCAGUCCAAGUCUCUUCCCCGCAGCUCUUCUGCUGUGGCACAUGGACGUUCCAUCCGUUGCUGCUGCUGCUGCUAGAAGCUGCCCUGCCUUUGUCCAGAUCCUUUCUUAAUGCAACCCGGCUAGUGGCGGUGACUGAACCUUCUGCCAGUCAGUACCCUUUGCUAAUUAUGCAUUGCAUGGAUGGGCCACUCUUUAGUUUCUCAGCUUGUUACUUUUAGCAAGGUUGUUCUCUCUUGGCUAUCUGUGGAGUUGUAUAUGUCAUGUCUCCUCUUUGAGUUUCUUUCUUUCUUUUUUUUUUUUUUAACUUACCUAAAAGUCAAAACCUCCCUUAAUUUCCCGAGUUGACUCUUGUGACAUACUUCUUGCAUUUAGAUUCUGACUUGGGUUCUGGUGUCUGUUUCUUCUCCGCUGUCCUCAGCACCUGCCUCGUCCAAGGAAGCCUAACUCUGCACUGAUUUUUAUGUGAAAUCUUUUUUUAAAAAGUCCCACGUGCUGUCUGGGCAGCAUGUUGCUCCAGCUUGCUGCUGUUCUUGUUUACCUGAUUUGAUAUUUAAGGCUGUGCUAAAGAUGAAAAUAAAACCACUGAAUGUUUUUAAA